ACUUCGCUUCCACACUCCCAUUUUUGUCCUUCACCAUUCUUACGCGAUCUCUUCUAAGCUUUCUUGGAAUCAUCUUCUUCAGCAUCUUCUUAAUCUCCCUCUGUCGUCUCUCAGGUAAAAUCUCAGAGUGGGACAGAGAGAGGAGAGAGAGACUAAUAUUUCUAGGGUUUGAUUUGAGCUAAUCCUUAGUUGAUUCAUAGUCCAAAUCUGAAGAAACGAGCUCGUUUAUGCUUGCGAUGCAACAAAUAAUCAGCUAAAAGGAUCUGGUGACGGAAGGUAGAGAAAGUGUAAAAAUGGAGUAGAAGCAGCACCGGAAAAUAUGCCUUCAUGGUGGGGAAAGUCAUCUUCAAAGGAAGCAAAGAAGAAAGCGACCAAAGAGAGUUUUCUUGAUUCGUUGCAUCGCAAGUUUAAGAGUCCAGCUGAAGCUAAGUCUCCUAGUAAAUCAGGUGGAUCUCGAAGACACAACAGUGACAUUGCUUCUGAGAAGGGUUCUCAGUCCCAAGCACAGUCAAGGUCGUCAUCACCUUCCAAGAAUGUCUCGAGAUGUCAAAGUUUCGCUGAAAGGGCUCUAGCCCAACCACUUCCGCGUCCAGGUUUGCCACCAGCAAGUGUAGUCCGUACAGACUCUGGAAUCAGUCAAUCUGCAAAUCCCAGAGUAGAGAAGGGCUCAAAGCCAUCCCUGUUUCUGCCUCUCCCAAAGCCUGCAUGCAUCAGACACAGACUGGACCCUGCAGAUGCUGACGGAGAACUUGUCUUUGCAUCAAUUUCAAGUGAGUGCUCUGUUGAGAGUGAUGAUCCUACUGAUUCACGCCAACGCAGUCCACUAGCAUUUGAUUAUGAAACUGGACCUGGUAACCGGACUGCCUUGGGUAGCCCUCCAAGAUUGGCUGUUAAGGAUCAAUCUGCUGUUGGACAAAUAAGCAUAAAAGAGGCAACAGAACCAGUUAAUCUUUCUCCCAGUGGACAUGUCUCCUCUCGAUCUCCUAAGAGACGACCAUUAAAUAGCCACUUGUCCAGUAUACAAAUUCCUUCUCAUGGGGCCCUUUGCAGUGCUGCUGAUAGUUCUAUAUCAAGUCCUUCCAGAAGUCCAAUGAGAGCUGCUGGCUGUGAGCAAGUUAGUAGUUCUACUUUUUGGGCAGGAAAGACUUAUCCAGAUCUUCCUUUACUUGGAUCUGGCCAUUGUUCAAGCCCAGGGUCUGGUCAGAAUUCUGGACAUAAUUCCAUGGGAGGAGAUAUGGUAGGACAAUUGUUUUGGCAGCCUAGUAGAGGGAGCCCCGAGUACUCUCCAAUUCCUAGUCCCAGGAUGACAAGUCCUGGGCCUAGCUCAAGAAUUCACAGUGGUGCUGUCACACCUAUUCAUCCCAGGGCUGGAGGCGGAGCAUCUGAAUUGCAGACUAGUUGGCCUGAUGAUACAAAACCAGAAAGUCAUCCUUUGCCCCGUCCCCCCUUAGCAAUUUCCAACUCUUCACCCUUUUCUCAUUCCAAUUCAGUUGCAACAUCUCCCUCAGUGCCACGAAGUCCUGGUAGAGCAGAGAAUCUUUCUAGCCCUGGGUCUCGCUGGAAAAAAGGGAAGUUGCUUGGUAGAGGCACAUUCGGGCACGUUUAUGUUGGUUUUAAUAGUGAUAGUGGAGAAAUGUGUGCAAUGAAGGAGGUGACUCUAUUUUCAGAUGAUGCAAAGUCAAAAGAAAGUGCAAAGCAGUUGGCACAGGAGAUUGCAUUGUUGAGCCGAUUAAGACAUCCAAAUAUUGUCCAGUAUUAUGGCUCAGAGAUGGUUCCUGAUAAACUAUAUAUCUACUUGGAAUAUGUAUCUGGUGGGUCUAUUUAUAAGCUUUUACAAGAAUACGGUCCAUUUGGAGAAACAGCAAUCCGUAGUUACACUCAGCAAAUUUUAUCGGGGCUUGCAUAUUUACAUGCUAAAAACACUGUGCAUAGAGAUAUUAAAGGGGCAAAUAUUCUUGUUGAUCCAAAUGGGCGCAUAAAGUUGGCAGACUUUGGAAUGGCCAAGCAUAUCACAGGGCAAUCUUGUCCAUUAUCCUUCAAAGGAAGCCCUUACUGGAUGGCCCCUGAGGUGAUAAAGCAUACUAGUGGCUGCAACCUUGCUGUUGAUGUAUGGAGCCUUGGAUGCACUGUCUUAGAAAUGGCUACAUCAAAGCCUCCUUGGAGUCAGUAUGAAGGAGUUGCUGCCAUGUUUAAGAUUGGGAAUAGUAAAGAACUCCCAGCAAUACCGGAACAGCUUUCAGAAGAGGGAAAAGAUUUUGUGAGGAAGUGUUUGCAGCGUGAGCCGCGAAAUCGUCCUACUGCUGCUGAGCUAUUGGAGCAUCCUUUUGUAAAAGAUGCCGCCCCUCUGGAAAAGCCAAAUAUAUUUCCUACAUCUUUUGAUCUUCCAUGUGCUGCUGCAAAUGGGAUAAAACCUCUGGGCGUUGGAUCUGUAAGAAAUUAUCCUAUGCCAGAUUCGGAAAGGCUUGCUAUCCACUCAUCCAGAGCGUCAAAAUCUAAAUUUCACUGCAGUGAUAUCCACAUUCCGAGGAACAUAUCUUGCCCAGUCUCCCCAAUAGGUAGUCCUCUUUUACAUCCAAGGUCACCUCAAAACCUAAAUGGGAGGAUGUCUCCCUCACCUAUAUCCAGCCCUCUCAACACAUCUGGCUCAUCAACACCAAUCUCUGGAGGGAAUGGUGCUAUCCCAUUUCGUCACAUUAAUCAGUCAGUUUACUUGCAAGAGGCCAGAACAGUUCCAAGUAGUCCUUAUAUGAGUGGCUCUUCUUAUUGGGAUCCUGAUGUUUUACGAGGGUCACCAUCAGGAUCUCAUGCUUUCCGAGAAUUGGCAUCCGUUGAAUAUGAUGCUCUGGGAAAGCAGUUUGGGAUGCAUGCCACAGGAGAACUUUGCAAUGGGCAAUCAGCCUUGGCCAAUCGGGUGUCACAGCAACUUUUAAGGGAUCAUGUGAAAUUGAUUUCUUCGGUAGAUCUCAACCCUUGUCCUCCCUUGGCAGGUCGCACAGGUGGAACAUGAGAUGUAUAUCAGACAUUAUUGAUGGAGACUUCAAAAGUUUCAUGUUUAAAUUUGCUUUCAGCUUAUAGCACGUUUGAAGGCAGCUGUUUUGUGCAACAAGAAUCUCCUAUUAUGAGGAUAGACUAGGAAAUGUAAUGGCAUCUGGGCAGAACUUCAUUAUGUAUUGUCAGUUAGAUCAACCUGAUUUCUUCCACCUGUUAUUUGGGUCUAGUGUUCCAAAGAUGAAGCACUUCCCAAUGAGAAUAUAUUGACCCUCUGUCACUAAAAGCAUCUCUUGAAAUUAUGGCGGCUUGUCCAAAUAUCAUCUGCCUGAUUGGACUUGAUAACUAACAUGAGCCAAGAACUAAUGAUUCAUUUGCUUUUGGAGGUUGGCUUCCAGUUAUUCAGUGUAUAGCUGACCCUUCAUGAAGACAUUAAUGGCACCAAACUUGUAUAUUUAUGUUGUCCCAUAGAAGAUAGAAAAGAGUAAACCUGGAACUAAAGCAGGAAGAAUCCUUUUUGUUUUCUUUCCUUUCCCCUUUCUAAGCGGGGUUUCUGUACAGCAAACAAUGAACUGGAAUAUUCCAGGUACUGUUGAUUGAACAAUCAGAGGAAGAUUUGGCUCUGUAUUCUACUGCUUUAAUGCUGUAACUGAUAACUCUUGAGUUAUAUAGAUUUUGUUUUGGAUGCACAA